AACUACUGAAAACUGCGCUCCUGAGCAUGAAUACCUACAUCUACUCUAAUAUAUCUGCUCUUCUUAAAACUUGCAUUAUCAUGCCCUGCUACACAUUUCUGUUCUAUUUUAUGGAUAAAAGCAACUACCAAUAAUUUCAAAAGUCUUGUUGGAAUGGGAAAAUGGCAGAUCCUGAAAUGUACAUCCAUGAUUCAGAUUUGUAUAAGAAUGUAUUUUGCAAUCCAGUAUUUGAGCCAGAAAAUGAGCAUGAUGAAAUCAAAGAAGUAUUUAAGGUUGCCAUAUCCUCAGACUCCAUCAGCAGUCCUACAAACCGAGGAGGCAGUGUGUUUGGUCUGUGUUUGGUGUGUGUGAAGAGACCGUGCUGUAGCUGGGGAGUGCUGGUGUUUUCAGCAGCUGCGCUAUUCUUGUUGACUAUCUUGGGACUCACACUAGCACUUGUUCUCAUACAUAUGAAUAGAGACCCUGCUGAAGGAAGAGUGCUGUCUCUAAACUCCUGGAAUGGAGACAGUGUUCAGCAAAGUUUUGUCCCAAAUCCCACUGUUCCUCUUCCUGAAUACAGCUCACCAAUGCCACACCUUGAGCAAGAACCCAUCCCAUAUACAAAAUGUGGAGGGGUCCUGACCAAAUCAGAGGGAACUAUCAGCUCCCCCAACCACCCAGACCCAUACCCUCCUGACUCCAUGUGUGUAUGGGUGAUCAGGAUGUCUCCCCCAUCUCUGGUCCAGCUCUACAUCUCCUCCCUGGCCAUUGAGGGACCAGUGCCAUGCCUUUUUGAUUGGCUGGAGGUUAGAGAGGAGGGAGAACAUGCCACCACAGUCACCAGAUUCUGUGGUAAUGUGGCUCCACCCACUGUAAACACUAACAGCAGCACUGUGUGGGUUUCAUUCCACUCUGAUAGCAGUAUUGGGGGCAACGGCUUCAUUGCACAGUAUCAGGCCAUCCUUCCAUGGCAAAAAAGCUGCUCUGCAGAGGAAUUCAUGUGCGAUAGCGGCCGUUGCCUGCUGCCUGUGUCUGUGUGUGACAGCCAGCUGAACUGUCAGGACCAGACAGAUGAGACCAACUGCAGCGGCAAACACACAGACUGUGGAGGUGAAAAGACAGGUCCAAAUGGCUCACUGUCCAGUCCAAAUCAUCCAAAGUAUUAUCCAAACCAGCAGCGGUGUACGUGGCAUAUAUCUGCAGAGAAAGGUCAGGUUAUCCAACUGAGUUUCCACAACUUCAGCCUGGAGACUCAAGAUGUCUGUGAGUUUGACUAUGUUGAGGUUCAUGAUAGUAGCAACACUGGAGACAGCAAUGUCAUAGGCAGAUACUGUGGCUCAGACCUCCCACCUGACCUUACCUCCACUGGGCCUGUGAUGAGUGUGGUGUUUGUGGCUGAUGAAGGUGUGGUUGACCGUGGCUUUUUUGCCACAUAUCGGGUCAUCUCUCGCUCAGAGAGAGGAUGCAGUUCUGAGCAGUUUGCCUGCAGCACAGGGGAAUGCCUGCACCAUGCCUGGCUCUGUGAUGGCUGGAACGACUGCGCCGAUGGUUCAGAUGAGCAAAACUGCAGCAACUCCACCUAUCCCUCUUUCAGUUCAUCUUGUGAACCCAUUCAUGUGGAGAUGUGCCAAGGUCUGAGUUAUAACCUCACAUCCUUCCCCAACAUCUGGCUCUCCAUUGCUGAUCAGACAGAGGCUGCUUAUGUGCUUCAUCAGUACAGUGUUCUGAUGGAGCUGGAUUGUUUUAAGCCCCUGCAGCAGCUCGUGUGCGCGCUGAUCGUGCCACGGUGCAGUGUGCAGGGUGGUGUGCUGCAGCCGUGCAGCUCCGUGUGUUCAUCAGCAGAGCAGCAGUGUGCACGUGAUCUGGAGCUCUUUAGCCUCAGCUGGCCUUUUAACUGUCACAUACUGCCUGACGCACACGACCCCAAGCAGUGCUUCGUGCCAUAGGAUACAGCACUGCUUACAUGACAUUAUAAUGCCCCACCAUUUCUGCUUCAGCUUUGAGUAUUUUUUGGGAUUAUGUAAAAAUUAAGAUAAUCCAAGCUUACUUUUGUCAGGUGCUGCAAAAAUAUACUUUAUAUCAUACUCGUAUACUAUUUUGUAAUACCAAUGACCCACCUUUUAUUUCAUAGUUAAAUAAAAUCCUUUUAGUUUGCUUAGCGACAGAAUUAAACUUUGGCCUAGAUCUGCAUCUUUUCUGCCUCAGUUGGUCUUUCAAAUGCCACAAGCUGUCCAGCUCCCUCAAUCUCUCUCACAGCAUAGGGACUCUCAUGUCAAACCAUGAGUAACUGCUUCAAGUGACUUACGAUAAUUUUAGUGGCCUCAUGACUUUUGUUACAAAAAACAAACCAACCCCGAGACCGGUGUCCUUCCUAUCACAGUACUUAGCUUGCUAGUUUGCCACAGUGGGUUAUGCAAUUAGUUCUAGAUUAAUACAUUUUAACCAAACACCAUUAUAUAUAAUAUGCUGAUAGCAUGGGUACUUUAAACAAAAACACCAAAAAUAUUAAAAUUACUGUCAUUUAAUUCAUCACAGUAAUUUUUACUUUAUUUUAGAAAUGUAACUGCUUGAUGUAAACUUCAGUAUGCUGGACCAUUAUCUCAUUAUCUCUAGCCGCUUUAUCCUGUUCUACAGGGUCGCAGGCGAGCUGGAGCCUAUCCCAGCUGACUACGGGCGAAAGGCGGGGUACACCCUGGACAAGUCGCCAGGUCAUCAC